AAAUGACGCACGUGCUGGGGAGCCGGAUCCGGCUGAAGGGGGACGUGUUGUCAGGAUCGAGAGCCGGAGGUGUAGGAGCGGUUGUUCUCAGGGCUCCUUGCGGUCAAGGUGGUGUCAUCUUCCCGUGACCGAAAACAUCAGCAGUCAUGGCAACAUACCAGGAAUUCAUUCAACAAAAUGAAGAACGUGACGGUGUUCGGUUCAGCUGGAAUGUGUGGCCAUCCAGUCGACUUGAGGCUACGCGCAUGGUGGUUCCUUUGGCUUGUCUCUUUACACCUUUAAAAGAACGUCCAGAUCUGCCGCCAAUACAAUAUGAACCCGUGCUGUGCAGCAGGGCUACCUGUAGGGCUGUCCUCAAUCCACUGUGUCAAGUGGACUAUAGAGCAAAAUUAUGGGCAUGCAACUUUUGUUUCCAGAGAAACCAGUUUUCAUCAUCUUACUCAGGCAUUUCUGAAGUAAAUCAGCCAGCUGAGCUACUGCCACAGUUUUCAACUAUUGAGUACGUUGUCCAGCGAGGUACUCCGGCCCCCCUCAUCUUCCUGUAUGUGGUGGAUACUUGCCUGGAGGAAGAUGAUCUUCAGGCUCUGAAGGAAUCUCUGCAAAUGUCCCUGAGUCUGCUUCCUUCCAACGCACUGGUUGGUCUGAUUACGUUUGGUCGAAUGGUACAGGUCCAUGAACUGAACUGCGAAGGGAUUUCCAAAAGCUAUGUCUUCAGGGGAACAAAGGACCUAACAGCAAAGCAAAUUCAGGAUAUGUUGGGUCUCACAAAGCCAUCUGCAGCAGUUCAAGGAAGGGCCCCUCAACCACAGGAACAUCAUGGCAUAUCCAGCAGGUUCUUGCAGCCAGUGCAGAAGAUUGACAUGAACUUGACAGACCUGCUUGGAGAACUUCAGAGAGACCCCUGGCCUGUACCUCAGGGCAAAAGACCUUUGCGAUCUACUGGUGUGGCCAUAUCCAUAGCAGUUGGUUUGCUGGAGGGUAGCUUUCCUAACACUGGAGCUAGAAUAAUGUUGUUCACUGGAGGACCACCUACCCAGGGCCCCGGCAUGGUAGUGGGGGAUGAGCUUAAGUCGCCCAUUCGCUCAUGGCAUGAUAUAGAAAAGGAUAAUGCACGAUUCCUAAAGAAAGCGACCAAGCACUAUGACGCUCUAGCAAACCGUGCAGCAGUAAAUGGACAUUGCAUUGACAUCUAUGCUUGUGCCCUGGAUCAGACUGGUCUUUUGGAAUUAAAGUGUUGCUGCAACUUGUCUGGCGGUUACAUUGUGAUGGGGGACUCCUUCAACACUUCCCUCUUCAAGCAAACAUUUCAAAGGGUUUUCAGCAAAGGUCUUCAGGGGGAUUUCAGGAUGGCUUUUGGUGCCACGUUAGAGCUUAAGACGACUAGAGAACUGAAGAUUGCUGGUGCAAUUGGGACCUGUGUGUCUCUGAAUUCCAAAGGGCCUUCUGUGUCUGAGAAUGAGCUGGGUGUAGGUGGCACAUGCCAAUGGAAAGUUUGCAGUUUGGAUCCUUGCACUACACUGGGCAUCUACUUUGAAGUGGUAAAUCAACAUAACGCACCAAUUCCUCAGGGUGGAAGAGGGGCUAUUCAGUUUGUCACUCACUACCAGCAUUCCAGUGGCCAAAGGCGCAUCAGAGUCACUACAAUCGCCAGAAACUGGGCAGAUGCACAGAGUCAACUCCAGCAGAUAGAAGCUGCAUUUGAUCAGGAGGCAUCAGCUGUAUUGAUGGCAAGACUGGGAGUUUUUAGGGCUGAGUCUGAGGAAGGCCCUGAUGUACUUCGUUGGUUGGACAGACAGUUAAUCCGACUGUGUCAGAAGUUUGGCCAGUUCCACAAAGAUGAUCCUAGCUCCUUCAGACUUUCAGAAACAUUUUCCCUUUAUCCACAGUUUAUGUUCCAUCUGAGAAGAUCGCCUUUCCUUCAGGUUUUCAAUAAUAGCCCUGAUGAAUCAUCAUACUACCGGCAUCAUUUCAUGCGACAAGAUCUAACACAGUCUCUAAUCAUGAUUCAACCCAUUCUGUAUUCUUACUCUUUUUAUGGCCCACCCGAGCCAGUGCUUUUAGACAGUAGCAGUAUCUUGCCAGACCGGAUACUCCUCAUGGACACUUUCUUCCAGAUUGUUAUCUAUCAUGGAGAGACUAUAGCUCAGUGGCGGAAGGCUGGAUAUCAAGAUAUGCAGGAGUAUGAGAACUUCAAACAACUUUUGCAAGCUCCCCUAGAUGAUGCUCAGGAAAUCCUUCAGACCCGCUUUCCAAUGCCUCGUUAUGUUGACACAGAACAUGGACAGAGCCAGGCUCGAUUCCUUCUAUCAAAAGUGAACCCAUCACAGACUUAUAACAACUUGUAUGCAUGGGGGCAGGAAUCUGGAGCGCCUAUCUUGACUGAUGAUGUCAGUCUUCAGGUUUUCAUGGAUCAUCUUAAAAAACUAGCUGUGUCUAGUGCUUCAUAAAUCCAUUUGUUUAUAGAAGAGCACAAGGAAAAUACUGGGAAAUACUGGAUGUUACAUAGAUUGUUUAUUCUAGAUUAUAAUGGUUUAGUUGUAUUCAUCUUUCUUAUUUGUUUUGCAUGGUAUUUGAUUAUUAUAUCAUUUCUCCUCUCUCAUUCUCAAAAUCACUGCAUUCUUAUGAGCAAUACUUUAUUAUUUUCUGGUAAUAUUAUGUCGUCUACUACAUAUCAUUCCAUCUAUCUUUUAUAUAAAUGCAAGAGUUAGAAAUAAAUAACUUAAAAAUGUUGACUAAUUACCUGUCUAAAUUAGGUUUAAUUAUUAUUUACAUGGGGUAUUUUUAAGUUUUUUCUGAAAUUAUGGCAUUAUUUUUGACCAUUUGUUAAGGAUAACUGGAACUUUAAGCAGAAAGAAUAUUGAAUUUGAAGACUGUUGCAAAGUUAAUCAUUGUAAAAUCCCCACUUUUUGGGAAGACAACUGGAGGACAUCGUUAUGCAUUAUAAUGAAUAUCAUAAUUAUAGUUACCUUCAGUACAUUUACAAACAAGAUUUGAUUGUUACUUUGCUUACAUUGAAGCAGCCUGUGUCCAUAUGCAGGAAAACCUGGAAAAUGUCUAGGCUUGGCCUGGUAAGUGGCAAGCUACAUUUCACUCCACACAAGUGACAGGCAAUGACCAUUUCCAACACUAGCAUAUCUAAACAUCUCUUCUUGAUAUUCAGUGGCAUUACCGAUAAUGAAUCUUUUACUAUCAAUAUCCUGGAGUCCCAUUGACCAGAAAUUUGACUGUUCUAGCCAUAAAAAAUACUGCAAUUGUUAGAGCAGGCCAGAAACUAGGAUUUCUGUAUAAAAUAACGAACUUCCUGUCUCCCAUCUACAUGGCACAAGUCAGGAGUGCAAUGGAAUACUAUCCACUUGCCUGGAUGAAUGUAGUUCCAACAACAUAAAAGGAACUUAACAUUAUAGAGGACAAAGUAGCCCACUUUCUUAGCACUCCAUCCACCACCUUCACCAUUCAAUGCACAUGGAAGCAGUGUGUAUAUACACACCUGAAGGAUUGCAGCACUUUAAGGAAGCUCACUACCAUUUUAUUGAGCAAACAGGUGGGGACACAAAAUAUGACUAAUUGAUGAUACUCCCUUUCCAUGAACAAAUAAAAAACAAAUGUCUGCCUUAUGUAGACAUUCAGUUUUUGCUUUGACCUUAGGGUAAAAAAAUUGAUUUUAAUUCUGCCUUUAAAUACCUGAAUUGAGCAAUCAACAUUUUAUUUUCCCCUGACGCAGGACGGGAUUCAGAAAAGGAAAUAUGUUUGAUAGCUAUUUUUUUUCUUAAAUGUAUAACUACAAUGCCUGCUAAAAUUUUGCUGAUUUUCUUAACAGAGUUUUCCCUCUGUUUUUGUCACCAAUUUGACCUUCAAAUUGUUUUCUAAAUGGCCAAAAUCAAAAGUUCCACUCACCAGCCACAGAAAAGAACAAACAUGCAAACCAGUGGAGAAGUGUGUGGUAAAUGAAAAAAAUGCAACAGCAUUUAAUUAGUGUCUUUAAUGCAAUAAAACAAACCAUCAUGAUGCAGUAAUAGCAUUAUCAAAAUUUGUUGCUCACCGCACAAGACAAUGGGAGAUAAUCAACUUGAGAAGUUAACUUUGUUCUGGUUUUUUCAAAUUUGGGAUACCAUUAGGAUAGGUAAAGUACUUUUAAAAUAAUGUCAUAAGUGGAGAGGGGCAACAGUUGUAGAAAGAAAAUUUUGGAACCCUCCGACUCAGCAGCUAAAAGCAUGAAAUAAGGUACUCAGUAAAGAGAUUUGAGCACAAAGGAAAAGCAAUGGUAAGUGCCCAAAACUUACUGGAAUUGAAGAAACAAUUGAGAGAGGUCAAGUCAAAUAACCAGUGGCAGACAAAGUACAUGUUGUUGGAGUGGAGGAAUUAAGUUGUCCACCUGAAACAAAAAACAGAGAUGAACAACACCUUAUUGUUCCAAUAAAUUGUAGAUGAUCUUUGAAUCCUGCCUAAUGUUUUUAGCGUAAAAUUAGUUCUGUACAAUGAUCAAAUUUAAUUAAAACCGAAACAACCGAGGAUGCUAUAAAUCAGAGACAAAAGUAGAAAUUACUGGAAAAGCUAAGCAGGUCUGGCAGUAUCAAUGGAGAGAAAUCAGAAUUAAAAUUUGGUUCAAGUGAUCCUUCCUUUAAACCCUUGUCUAAAAUAGUUUCUAGCAGGAUUGGAAACAAUCAGAUGAUCCAUUUUAGUACUAAUAAUUACUGUGAAAGAUGGUGGUGACUUUAUUUAGCAUCUAAUCUAAAUAAAUCAUUUAAAGCA